GCUCGGUGAGUCGAUCGCGCACGCAGUCGUGCUCGAGCAGAAGUGCGAGUUGGGUUGGUGAGAGUUUGUUCGUGCUCGUGAUCGUUUACGUUUUGGUGUCGCGUUCAGUGUUUCCGAUUUCUUUAACGAUUUUCGCGUGGACCGUUUGUCGAUCGACGCGAAGAUGACACCUCGCCGGUUUCUACGUUAAACAAGGCUCCCGUGCAAGGCAACGCACGCCAACCAGCAGGAUGAUGCAGGAAAUCACGGACCAGUCCUCCAGGACGGUACUCCUUAACACGUUUGUCGUGAAAAAGAAACGGUGCAGGGUCUACUUUCAUCGCGGCACGCUGAUUUGGGAAACGGAGAAACCGCCGUACACAAGAUGGACGCUACCCCUGACGGACGUGCUGGCCGUUCGUUACGGAGACGAUUGGAUCCCGGGGGUGAACGCUAAAGAGAAACAACCACCUACGUCGCCCACGUCUCCUACCGUUUGCCCUACCAACUUCAUUUUACAUUACGCCGUUCGCGGACCAAAGAACAAAUGGAGUCAUCACAGUGUCACGAUGAGCCACACCGAUCCCAGACAAGUGGCUUCCUGGGUCAAGACCAUACGAAAUUAUCUGAUGGGUUUGACCCACCGUCCCAGAAGAAUACUGUUGUUCGUGAAUCCGUUUGGCGGAAAGAAGAAAGGGGUGAAAAUUUGGGAGAAGGACGUGCAGCCCUUGAUGACCAUCGCGGGCAUCGAGACGAAGAUGCUGGUCACGGAAAGGGUCGGCCACGUUCGCGACACGCUUCUGACCGCCGCCGAUUUGAGCGACUUCCAUGCGAUCGUGUGCAUCGGCGGAGACGGCACCUUCGCGGAGGUGAUCAACGGGCUGGUGCUGAGGACGUCGAAGGACCAACAAAUCGAUUUUAACGAUCCCGAAGUCAGACUACCGACCCCUCCGUUGCCCAUAGGCGUGAUACCCAGCGGGAGCACCGACACCGUGGCGUACAGCCUUCACGGAACGACGGACGUGCAAACCGCAGCGAUACAUAUCAUUUUUGGCGACAGCACUGGCCUGGAUAUAUCGUCCGUGCACAACGACCGGGCGUUCCUCAGGCUGUACGCCAGCGUUCUUAGUUACGGCUAUCUGGGAGACGUGAUUCGGGACAGCGAGAAGUUCAGGUGGAUGGGUCCCCAGAGAUACGACUACUCCGGUUUCAAGAAAAUCAUCGCGAACAAAGGGUACGAGGGCGAGAUACAACUUUUGUCCGAUCCCUGCCAUCCCGCAACGAGCACAAGAUGCACGAAAAACUGCACCAGAUGCUUGCAGCACAUGCAUAACAGCGUUCCCGACAAGGAAAUUUCCAGAUGGAUGACCGUCAGAGGGAAAUUUUUCAUGGUAAACGGUGCCAACCUCGCCUGUGCUUGCUCCAGGAGUCCCAUGGGUUUCAGUCCUCACUGUCACGUGGGAGAUGGCUGCGUUGACGUGGUUCUAGUUCGACAUACCUCGCUUCUGAACAAUAUCAGAAUGUUGCUCAGGCUGUCCAGCAAACAGAAAACUCUGUACGAUCUACCGUUCGUCGAGGUGUACAGAGCGAGGGAGUUCACAUUCCGGGCCAUGCCCACGCUGCACAUGCAGUCCGCGAACGAUAUUAACGCCGGUUAUCUGAAAUCGAGUCUGAGCGUGUGGAACUGCGACGGCGAGGUGAUCGAUAACUCCAACGUGAAAAUCAGGGUACACUGCCAACUAGUGAACGUAUUCACACGGCGAGCUCAAGAACCAGUCGACGAGCGAACCUGCUUUUGUUAGUGGCGAACCGAUCGACGUUCCGAUGUCGCGCAUCGGUUGGAACGGGAGAGCGAGCACGCCGAACGAUGGCAUCCAAGUCGCACAGUUCCUCGGACUUGUCCCGAUUAACUACUCGCUGUGACGAUAUUAACGAGCGGCCAUUCGAAUGGCAACGAUCGAACCGAUCGAGCGGCAACGGUACUCGUAGGUAUUAUUUUUUUAACGAAAUUUAUUUGUUUAAAAUAUUUUUAAUCGGAUAUCGGCACGAGUGCUCCGUCCUAGUGCUUUCUACAAAUCAUGAAUAUCCAAAGUUUGAAGCGCGAUCAUUUGGACGUUUAAAAAUUAUAUUUAUGUUCGCGUAUUGUUUAUGUAAUCGAGACAGUAUUAGAUAGUAUUAAAUAAAAGGAAGAAUAUCUCGUGAAUCCGAAACGCUAUCGGUCGCGUGGUGUCGCUGCCGCUGGAUCGCUGAUCUCUACCGUCUGAUCAUCAACGGAAUACUUCACUGUUACAGAUAACAUUUAAGACUUUCUUCGGGUUAAAUAUUCUGCUUGACGCGAAUUACGGAUGUUCGAUUCCCAUCGAAGCAAUCGAUUUUUAAACAGAAUUAAGCCGAUUCGACUCGAGAAAUCGCUUUUCUAGUUGCUAACUAUAUCUCGCGUAUACUUUGGUAUUUAAGAUAUUACAACGAAAAAAUUGAACCAGAAAUCAAGCGGUAAAUUACCUACCGUCUAUCAGCCGUUUGAAAAAUAAUCGACGUUGUAGAUGGUCGCGUUGCUACUCUGCUGCGACCGUCAACCGUGUGGCUGCUCUCGAUAAUCUAACAACGAUACUCAACGAGGGCCAAAUAUGCUCGCGCACGUUUCAAUGGUUCUUUAGAAAUAUCCAAUGAGAAAAACGUAAUAAAACCUUUCGGAAAAUACUAAGGAACGAAAGGAAACUUAAUUAUACGAGAAUCGAGCAUCCCUAACGCGAACAAAGCCGCGCCUAGUGAUCCUGUAUCGUCUGAAAGGGGGAUCUUCGAAGGAAGAUCUUGGGAUGCGGGACAUCCUUUGCAUCUGCGCUCGGCUAAUAUAUUUUUGUUCUCUCUCUCUCUUUUUUUAUCGCUCGUACUUUUAGAUCGUAGCCAACGAUCGUCGAACAUUCCAUCGUGGAUGUUUUCAUUCGCGGAUCAUUCGAUAGACGGUACUUACGCAAUUUUCUAUGAAAGGCAAUCGGCCUUUUUUUUUUUUUUUUGGUCCUUUUUCCAGCAUCGCUGCACUGGCUGCGCGUUUUCGUACUUGAAACAAACACUCGAGAAGCGAUUGCUGUAGAUUCGGUGCACGGAGAGACUUUGUUUCUUGUAUGAUAUUUCAAAGGAUAUUAUCAUUAAGACGAGUAAAUGUAAUUCGAUGGUGUAUAUAGUCCGAUAGGUAUCGUCUCCCAGAGAUUCGAUAAUAUUUUUCACGUAUCCUGGAAGACGAUCCAAAGGGACGAGUGGAAAUCUGAGACUCUUCGAGACGCUAAGAGGUGUUUGAAGAAAAGUUAAAUACAGGUGCAAACAUGCCUAAGAAUAUGUAUUGCACCCAGACGCUCGAAGGAUAAUCGAACGUUUCGUCUUCGAUAGCGUUAGAGUAGGCGAUACUUUCUUUACCGUGUCUAAGACGGCUCGUUACGCGCAAGGACGAGACACGAAUUGAAAUUUCAAACGUAACGCCCGUAGAUGUACGUUCGAGGGAAAUCUGGCUGCUAGAGCUUGAACUUAGACCAAGAACGGAAUACUUUGGACAGGGAAGAACCGUGCGGUAUUUACUUUACCAGAAGUAUUUCGACUUAUUUAGUGGCGCGGUCAACGAAAGGAUCGAUCUUUGAUUUCUCGAAGUAGGCAGCACUCGAUGAAAGUAGCGAAGAGAGAUUCGUCGUACGGUAUAAAUGUACGUUGCGCGAAACCCUGGUAUGUACACAGCGAACGAUCUAAAUCGUUACGUGCUUCCGGUCCAGGCACGAAACGUGAAAAUCUUCGGCAUCGAACUCUCGCGAGGGAAGUUUCUAUUUCUAGUCCGUCGCGUUCGCGCCGAGAAAAGCGUAGAACGAUUUCCGUCCUU